CCUUGCUCUGCUGGAGGUCUUGCAGAGGCGAUAAAGCGCGCAAGAUGUAGCUCACCGAUUAAUGCCUAUUUCGAAAAUUGAUGCUUUGCACUUCCCACAAAAGCAGCUUAACCUGCGCUGCCGACCAGACGGACAACUCCCUUUCCUGCGAUGGCCAAAGCGGAUGUGACAGGAGGUUUCAGAAAAAGAAAGCAUGAUCAUUUCCCUCAUGGCCAUCGAAGAGAAGACAAGGACAGUAUUAAUUCUUCUUCAGCUGUGAUUAUGGCUUUCAAAUCAUUUCAACUGGAGCUUGAUACAAGACAUGAUAAAUAUGAACGACUUGUGAAACUUAGUCGUGAUAUAACAAUUGAGAGUAAAAGGACUAUAUUUCUACUGCAUAGGAUCACUAGUGCUCCCAGUGGGGAAGAAAUAUUAAUAGAAUCUGAAGCCAAAUUAGAUGUUGUGAGACAGAAGAUAAAACAAGUUGCGCAAGAGUUGAUGGGAGAGGAUAUGAAUCAAUUCCACAGAGCCAUCUCUCCAGGGCUUCAAGAAUAUGUAGAAGCAGUCUCAUUCCAGUAUUUUAUCAAAACCCGAACAUUGAUUAGCUUAGAGGAGAUUAAUAAGCAGCUAAUAUUUGCAGCAGAAGACAAAGAAGAAGAAGAAACAAAGUUGCCAGCCUCUGAUUGUCUCAGUAAGCAAAGCCUCACCUGGAGCCUGAAGGUGACUCCUGUUGAUUACCUUCUGGGCGUGGCUGAUCUAACUGGAGAGCUGAUGCGGAUGUGCAUUAACAGUGUUGGCAAUGGUGACAUAGAUACUCCAUUUGAGCUGAGCCAGUUCCUGCGUCAGAUAUAUGAUGGUUUUUCAUACAUCGGCAACACUGGACCCUAUGAAGUUUCUAAAAAACUCUACACUUUGAAGCAGAGUCUGGCCAAAGUAGAGAAUGCAUGCUACACAUUGAAAGUCAGGGGAUCUGAGAUACCAAAGCAUAUGCUAGCAGAUGUGUUUUCUACCAAAACAGAAAUCAUUGAGCAAGAAGAUGGGCUUUCCUAAAGCAACAGGAACCUCAUAACCAAAAGAGAGAGCUACAGUACAGUCAGAACAAAGCAUUGCUAUAAUUAAGAUUUGCUUACUAGAAGUCUUAAAAGUAUGUGUUUUUCUUUUAAACUUGGUAACGUUUUACGGUCAGUUGAAGAAACAAUGUGUAUCCCAAAACUGUUCUUGCAUAAAAAAGGAACAAGCGUAUCAGGCUGUUCAGUGAGAGAUUUGUAGUUACAAAUGUCACUGCUGAUAUUUUUGAUAUGCUUAUAUUUUGGUGUUGUGGUCCCACUGCAGUGUAACUUAGUCAUUGAAGCCAGGCCUCUAGUAGGCAGCACACUAUGAAUGUUCUAAUAUUUUCUUCUUUUCUCUCCUCUUGUUAAGUGGUUCAUAUGUGGAAUGUGUGAGAGAUAGAGAGUUGUGAUAUUGGAACCCAAUAUGUUGAUUCAAAUAGAUUAGUGGAAACAUUUUUGUUAAGGGGAAAAUAUACUUUCAAGAGUCAGAAAGUAAGCUCACUCACUACUUUCUUAUUUUGAGGUUUUAAAAACCUGCUUGAACAUCCUGCCUUAAUGCUGGCUUUUCUGUUGCUUAGUUUAUGUUCAGGAACCUAAAUGUAUGUAGCCAAGCCAAAACCCAAGACUAGAAACCCCGCAGUAGUAGAGCACAUCUGUGUUUGCAACAGAUGCAAGUUCUUUCAUUUAUGGAUAAAAUCAAAACAUACAUCUAUUAAUGAGUUCUAGCCAAUGGUCUGCAAUACAGGACAUCUCUGUUGCAGAAAUGUCCUCUGACAACAACUGCACUGUUUUUAAAAAAGUUUUUAAUCUGCCAGGACUAAUACAUUGAAAUUUUGUACAUGAGUUGCUGAUCAUGUACAUCCGAAAGUGCUUACUUUAGUAGCUCAUUCAAUUUGGAUUCAUUGGUUCUUAACACAAGAUGAUCUUGUGUGUAUGGAAGUUGCUUGGAUUCUAAGCAGCAUGAGUCAUGCUUGAGGAAGAGAAUUUCUGUGCCUCUCCUCUUCCAUUGCAGCCUUCUGUGCCCCCUCCUUUGAGUUCUUAUGGGUUAGUGAAGCAGAGGGUAGGAAGGGAAACUGGCAAACAUCCUUCUGUUUUUCCACAAGCUAAAAUGCCAUUCCAUCAAAGGAAUGACUUUGGGAUCUAAGCCAGUAUAUAUUGUACAAGGAACAAUGAAAAAUAAAAUGUAUAUAUAAAAAUAUUGAAGAAAUUAAGGAAACAGGUAUAUCCAUUAUACAUAAAUACGUUCCCACCUCACUCUCAUGUGUUUCUAUAUAGCCAAUAACAAAACAUGUAGAUGUUUGAUAUGACAAGAAUUGCUAGCAUUUGUUCAUAGUAAUUAUCAUAGUUCUUAUGUAAUAGUUUUAAAAGGAAUGGUUUCAAUUAUUUAAUAAAGCAAAUUGAGUGUUGAUAUUUCUACAUUUUUGUACAAUAAACUAGUGAAAAGUG